UCUCCUCAUCGUUGCCCUUUCCGAGGAAUGAGCAGUUUGUUGGUCGGGAAGACCAACUUCACUCUCUCGAGCACUUCAUCGACUCCAACACACACCGUCGCAUAACGAUAUACGGCCUGGGAGGCGGCGGGAAGUCAGCUCUGGCCCUCGAACUUGCCUACCGCGCACUGAUUAAAGACGCUGGACGUCCCGUUUUCUGGGUACCCGCCAUCAGCCGCCAAAGCUUCGAGCUUGCGUUUCGCGAGAUCGGGAUCCGCCUCCGCGUGCCCGGCAUCAGCAAGGAUAAUGCGGAUAUCAAGCAGCUCGUCAAGGAUGUGCUGAGCUCGGACGGCGCGGGCCACUGGAUGAUAAUUGUGGACAGUGCAGAUAACACUAGAGUCUUCGCGGACGGCACUAGCGUCAAUGCUGGAUCAGCUCGUCUACAGGACUACCUCCCACACAGCGACAAAGGCAAGAUCCUGUUCACAACACGGAGCAGGAAAGUUGCUGAAGAGUUGACUCCGAGCCACGUCCUAGAGCUAGAUGAUAUGAGCAAGACAGAAGCGCGGCAGCUGCUGGCGGGGCGUAUAUCGAAGCCGGCGUUGCUUGGCGAUGGAGAGGCUGUAGACCAGCUGCUAGAGUCACUCGAGUAUCUGCCGCUUGCCGUUGUGCAGGCGGCCGCCUUCAUCAACAGCAAUAACGUGUUAGUGUCCGAGUACCUCUCGCUGUUCCGGACAGCAGGCACCGAGACGGAGCUCUUCGGCGAGCACUUUGAGGACUCCAGCCGCUAUAGGGAGCUGGAAAGCACGAUCGCCCGGACCUGGCACAUUUCGUUCGACCAGAUACGAAAGCAAGACCCGCUUGCUGCGGAGUAUCUUUCGUUUAUCGCGUGCAUUGACCGCAUCAGCAUCCCUCGGUCGCUGCUGCCUCCCGGCAGCUCGGUACUGCAGCAGACCAAAGCUCUAGGGACGCUAAAAGGAUACGCGUUCGUCACGGAGCGGCAGCAGGCUUCACAGGAGCCGGGCAGCGAGAAGUGCUUCGACAUGCACCGACUGGUGCACAUGGCGUCGGCAUGGUGGCUGGAGGGUCGUGGUGAGCGGUCGGCUUGGACGGCGAGAGCUGCUGCGCGACUGAAGGAGCUGGUCCCACACGGUGGGCAUGAGAAGAAGGAGGUGUGGACGAGGUACCUGGCACACGCGAUCCAUGUGACUAGAUCGGACAGCGUGUUGGAGGAGACGGCCAAGGCCUCGCUUCUGAAUCGAAUAGGACGAUGUCAAACCAGCCUUGGUCAAUACUCCGCCGCAGAAACGGCGCACCGACAGGCCCUAUCAUUAAGAGAAAGGAAGUUAGGGAAUGAGCAUGCUGACACACUCAUGAGCAUAAGCAACUUGGCGCUCAUGCUGGACCGCCAGGGCAAGUAUAAGGAGGCGGAAUCGAUGAACCGGGAGACACUGGCGCGGUAUGAGAAGGUGCUUGGGCCAGAGCAUCCCGACACGCUGGCGAGCAUGAACAACUUAGCGGUCGUGCUUAAGAGCCAAGGCAAGUAUAAGGAGGCGGAAACGAUGCACAGGGAGACACUGGCGCGGAAGGAGAAGGUGCUUGGGCUAAAUCAUCCUGACACGCUAAUGAGCAUGAAUAACUUAGCGGUUGUACUCAAGAGCCAAGGCAAGUACGAGGAGGCGGAAUUGAUGAAUCGGGAGACACUGGCGCGGAAGGAGAAGGUGCUUGGGCCAGAGCAUCCAUCCACGCUGAUGAGCAUGAGCAACUUGGCGGUCGUGCUUAAGAGCCAAGGCAAGUACGAGGACGCGGAAUCGACGCACCGGGAGACACUAGUGCAGAGGGAAAAGAUGCUUGGGCGGGAGCAUCCCGACACGCUGGCGAGCAUGGGCAACUUAGCGCAAGUGCUAGAGAGCCAAGGCAAGUACGAGGAGGCGGAAUUGAUGGACCGGGAGACGCUGGCGCGACAUGAGAAGGUGCUUGGGCGGGAACAUCCCUCCACGCUGAUGAACAUGAGCAACUUAGCAACCGUACUGGAGCGCCAAGGCAAGUACGAAGAAGCAGAACUAAUGCACCGGGAGACGCUGGCGCGGUAUAAGAAGGUGCUUGGGCAGGAGCAUCCGGACACGCUGAUGAGCAUGAGCAACUUGGCGGUCGUGCUUAAGAGCCAAGGCAAGUACAAGGAGGCGGAAUCGAUGGACCGGGAGGCGCUGGCGCAGAGGGAGAAGGUGCUUGGGCGGGAGCAUCCGGACACGCUGACGAGCGUAUACAACCUCGCCCAUCUCCUCGCCAAUCAACAUCACUUCACCGAAUCUCGCGCUUUAUACGAGCGGGCAUGCGCUGCAUAUGCCAUCGUGAUAGGAGAAGACCACCCGACUACCCGCACAUGUCGAGAACACUACCGCGAAAUGCUUGCGCUGCAAAAGCAGGAUCGGUCGACCCUUUCUUCUGCGGUGCCACCUACUGAUAUCGUAAACAUACCCAACAAGAAGAGGUCAAAGCUAUCACGUGGGCUGGCGAAGAUGGGCAUCAAGAGCUCGAAGUGCUCUUUGUAA